AACGGUACCGUGGAUGGUGGCAGCACAACGAUAGCGGCAAGUAAUGGUGGCGCUGUGGAUCAUUUUUAUGCGGCCCAGCAACCAACGCAGGUGCUUUCACAUGCCCCAACACCGCAGCUAGACGCUAGCAAAGGACACCGCUGCCCAAUUUGUCACAAAAUGUCCAACAAUAUCAUCGAGCACAUAAAGCAACACGAAGGCCAACUAACGAUGGGAAGCGGCGGAAGUAGCAGUGGUACCGCGGGUAACGCCGGAUCUCCCGCUGGUGCUGUUGUUAUCACCGGAUCGGGAACGGCACCCGUAUACCAGGAGGAUUCUCAAUCAUCGCUGGAGGACGAGAGUGACGGUGCUGGUGAUAGCCGGAAGCACGAAUGUCUCAUUUGCCAUAAGAAGUUUUCCAGCUCCGGUAACCUAGCCAUCCACAUACGGGUGCAUUCGGGCGAGAAACCGUUCAAAUGCAGCGUGUGCGGCAAGGGGUUCAUCCAGUCGAACAACUUGGCCACGCACAUGAAGACGCACACGGGCGAAAAGCCGUACGCUUGCACGAUCUGUGGCAAAAAUUUCAGCCAGUCCAACAACCUGAAAACCCACAUCCGUACGCACACGGGCGAAAAGCCGUACGCGUGUACGAUCUGCGGGAAGCGGUUCAACCAGAAGAACAACCUGACCACGCACAUGCGCACCCACCAGCUGGUGUGCAUGGUGUGCGGGGUGCAGUUCAUGCAUCCGUCCGACCUGGCGAACCACAUGAAGUUCCACAACGACGAAAAACCGUUCAUCUGUUCGGUGUGCAACAAGGUGUACCUGAACCUGGACGAGCUGACCGAGCACAUGAAGAAGACCCACAACCAGGUGAAGCCGUACCGGUGCCACAUCUGCGACAAAACGUUCACGCAGUCGAACAACCUGAAGACGCACAUCAAGACGCACAUUUUCCAGGACCCGUACAAGUGUCAAAUGUGCUCGCGCUCCUUCCAGAAGGAGGACGACUACUCGCAGCACAUGCUCGUGCACACGGCCGACAAGCCGUACGAGUGUACGUACUGUGGCAAGCGCUUCAUCCAGUCAAACAACCUGAAGACGCACGUCCGCACGCACACCGGCGAAAAACCGUACCGGUGCACGAUCUGCGCCAAAAACUUUAACCAGAAGAACAACCUCAACACGCACAUGCGCAUCCACACGGGCGAAAAGCCGUUCGAGUGUACGAUCUGCGACAAACGCUUCAACCAGUCGAACAAUCUGAACAAGCACAUCAAAACGCACGGCCAGGAGAAGGAGCAGCAGCAGCAGCACGCGAGUUGACAGUCGAGCGCCCAAAAUUCGGUCCCGCACGAAACAGUCGCCCGCUCGGUGGUGACGGUUGGUGUCUCCGAGAGGCAUCCAAGGCAUCCGCAAACAGACACAUCACCAAGUUCAUCGUUCGCGUUCGGUGCUGGCAACCGCACCAGCUCGCUGAUGAUAGCAAUGACGACGACGGCAGCAACUGCAGCAGCUUCAGCUGCUGCAAGGGUCUCCGUCAUGCCUGUCUGCACAGUGCCGAUAGUGCCAUAAAAACACGAGAUCCCUGGUGGAGGAGCCAGCAAGCCUUUCAGGUUACCCUUCACAUUGGACGAAACGAACGAGUUCUUCAUCCGACGGUGAUGGCCGCGCAAUGACUCCAGGAUUGUGGCAUUUGGAAAAGUGGGUACGAUAAGAAUCUUCUCCAUCCUGCUAACUUGUGGGUCAUGUUGUUUGAGAACCGUAUUCCGUACUAUUCAAACGUGUCCAUCGGUCAUUGACAGGUUAGUUAAACUCACGCAUACUCCCCGCAUAGACUAUGUAUCGUUCGUUAAUGUCAAUCAUCCAUCCACUUGUCGUCUUCGUCAUCGUAUUCAAGUCUGUUAUAUUUGUGUUUUUAUUACUCUUGGUUAUAUUAAAUCGUACUCGCUAUGAACG